GCCGCUGCUCCCGCGCUCCGGCCCCUCCUCGGCCACACAAAGGCCCGUCUCCAUGGCAGCCGCGCGGGCCGGAGCGCAGCGCCGAACGCGGCCCGGGCGCCAUCGAGUCUUGUCGGCGGACGAGCAGCGAAUCUUGAUGCCAGCCGGGAGCAGUGACUGAGCUGGACCACUGGAGCCUGGGGGCCCCGGGGCGAUGGCUCUGCAGCUCUGGGCCCUGACCCUCCUGGGCCUGCUGGGCACGGGCUCGGGGCUGCGGCCCCGGAAGCUGGACUCCUUCCAAAGCAAGACGGAGCUGAACCACCUGGUGGUGGAUGAGGCGUCGGGCGUGGUGUACGUCGGGGCGGUGAACGCGCUCUACCAGCUGAGCGCCGACCUGCAGCUGGAGCAGAAGGUGGACACGGGCCCGGCCCUGGACAACAAGAAGUGCACGCCGCCCAUCGAGAUCAGCCAGUGCCACGAGGCCGUGCCCACCGACAACGUCAACCAGCUGCUGCUGCUGGACCCGCCGGGCCGGCGCCUGGUGGAGUGCGGCAGCCUCUUCAAGGGCAUCUGCGCCCUGCGCGCCCUCAGCAACAUCUCCACGCGCCUCUUCUACGAGGACAGCAGCGGCGAGCGGUCCUUCGUGGCCAGCAACGACGAGAGCGUGGCCACCGUGGGGCUGGUGAGCGCCACCGACCCGGGCGGCGAGCAGCGCAUGCUGUUCGUGGGCAAAGGCAACGGCCCGUACGACAACGGCGUCAUCGUGAGCACCCGGCUGCUGGACCGCGUGGCGGGCAGGGAGGCCUUCGAGGCCUACACGGACCACGCCACCUACAAGGCCGGCUACCUGUCCACCAACACGCAGGAGUUCGUGGCGGCCUUCGAGGACAGCCUCUACGUCUUCUUCGUCUUCAACCAGCAGGACAAGCACCCGCUGCGCAGCCGCACGCUGCUGGCCCGCAUGUGCAAGCAGGACCCCUACUACUACUCCUACCUGGAGAUGGAGCUGCAGUGCCUGGACCCCGGGGACCCGCCCACCCCCUUCAGCACCUGCCUGGCCGCCUCCGCCGCCACCUCGGGCGCCGGCAAGGUGCUCUACACCGUCUUCACCAGAGAGGACCGGGCAGGCGGGGGGCCCCGGGCCGGCCUCUGCCUGUUCCCGCUGGACGAGAUCCACGAGAAGAUAAAGGAGAUCCGCAACGCCUGCUACAUGGGCGACCCGCAGAGCAGCCCGGACGACUUCUACAAGCCCUUCCACGGCGAGAUCCAGUGUGGCGGCCAGGGCCUGGGUGCCGGCGAGAGCUUCCUGUGUGGCUCGGAGCACCUGCCCUACCCCCUGGGCAGCCGCAAGGGACUCGUCGCCACGGCCGUGCUGCAGCGCGGAGGCCUGAACCUGACGGCCGUGACCGUGGCCACCGAGAACGGCCACACCAUUGCCUUCCUGGGCACCUCCGACGGCCAGGUCCUCAAGGCGUACCUGGCCCCCGACGGCAGCUCCGUGGAGUACGGCUCCAUCCUGGUGGAGAUCAACAAGAGGGUCAAGCAGGACCUGGUGCUGUCCGCUGACCAGGCCAGUUUGUACGCCAUGACCCAGGACAAGGCGUUCCGGCUUCCUGUGCAGGAGUGCUCGAGCUCCCUCAGCUGCAUACAGUGUCUCGGCUCCCGGGACCCCUACUGCGGCUGGUGCAUCGUCAAGGGGCGAUGCAGCCGGAGGGCUGAGUGCCCACGGGCCGAGGAGAGCGGACACUGGCUGUGGAGCCGCGGGGAGUCCUGUGUGACCAUCACGGGGGCCCAGCCCCAGAACAUGAGCCGGCGGGCCCAGGGGGAGGUGCAGCUGACCGUCAGCCCGCUCCCGGCCCUGGGCGAGGACAAGCUGCUGUGCCUCUUCGGGGACUCUCCGGCACACCCUGCCCGCGUGGAGGGGGACGCCGUGGUGUGCAACUCCCCGAGCAACAUCCCCAGCACGCCGUCCGGCCAGGACCAUGUGGCCGUGGAGAUCCAGCUCAGGUUCACGCACAGCGAUGUCUUCCUCACCUCCCACCAGUACCCCUUCUACGACUGCAGCGAGGCCAUGAAACUGGAGAAGAAUCUGCCGUGCAUCUCCUGUGCCAGCAACCGCUGGACCUGCCAGUGGGACAUGCGCUACCAUGAGUGUCGGGAGGCCUCGCCCAACCCUGGGGACGGCGUUGUGCCCGCUCACAUGGAGGACAGCUGCCCCCAGUUCCUGAGCCCCAGCCCGCUGGUCAUCCCCAUGAGCUACGAGACAGAUGUGACCUUCCAGGGCGAGAACCUGGACACAGUGAAGGUCUCCUCCCUGCACGUGGGCAGUGACCUCCCCAAGUUCGAGGUGACAGUGAACACGCGGGAGCCAGGAACCUUCCACUUUCGGACCCCGAAGCUGUCCCACGACGAGAGCGAAACGCUGCCCCUGCACCUGUACGUCAAGUCCUACGGCAAAUACAUUGACAGCAAGCUCCAAGUGACCCUCUAUAACUGCUCCUUCGGCCGCAGCGACUGCAGCCUGUGCCUGGCCGCCGACCCCGCCUACAAGUGCGUGUGGUGCGGCGGGCAGGGCAGGUGCGUGUACGAGGCGCUCUGCAGCAACGCCACCUCCGAGUGCCCGCCGCCCGUCAUCACCGAGAUCCAGCCGGAGACCGGCCCCCUGGGCGGCGGCAUUCGAGUCACGAUCCUCGGGUCGAAUUUGGGGGUCAGGGCGGACGACGUCAAGAGCGUCACCGUGGCCGGCAAGAACUGCGCCUUUGAGCCGGAACGGUAUUCCGUGUCCACCAGGAUCGUGUGUGCCAUUGAGGCCACGGAGGCGCCCUUCACGGGGGGCGUGGAGGUGGACAUCAAUGGGAAGCAUGGCCGCUCUCCACCCCACGUCCAGUUCACCUACCAGGAGCCCCAACCCCUCAGCGUGGAGCCAAGGGAGGGGCCGCAGGCAGGCGGCACCACGCUGACCAUCAACGGCACCAACCUGGACACGGGCUCUAAGGAAGACGUGCGCGUGACCAUUGGUGGCGUCCCUUGCAAUGUGACGCAGUUUGGGGCGCAGCUCCAGUGUGUCACGGGCCCCCAGGCAGCCCCGGGGCAGCUGUCCUUGGAGAUCUACUACGGGGGCUCCCUGGUGCCCAGCUCCGGAAUCACCUUCACCUACCGCGAGAACCCCGUGCUGCGGGCCUUUGAGCCCCUGCGAAGCUUUGCCAGGGCGCCUGCUCUGGAGCUGGCUGGGUGCCUCCCUUGCCCAGCUGUGCCCACUCAGGCACCCCCCACCCCCAGUGGCGGCCGCAGCAUCAACGUGACGGGGCAGGGCUUCGGCCUGAUCCAGAACUUCUCCAUGGUGGUCAUCGCGGAGCCUCUGCAGCCCUGGCGGCGCCGGCGGGAGGCCGGACCCCUGCCGCCCCACACGAUCGUGGGCACAGAGUACACGCGCUACAACGACUCCAGGGUCGUGUUCCUGUCCCCGGCCGUGCCCGAGGACCCCGAGGCCUACAACCUCACGGCGCUCAUUCAGAUGGACGGGCACCGUGUCCUGCUCAGGACCGAGGCUGGGGCCUUCGAGUACGUGUCCGAUCCCACCUUCAAGAACUUCUCUGGGGGCGUCAAGAAGCAGGUCAACAAGCUCAUCCACGCCCAGGGCACCAACCUGAACAAGGCGAUGACGCUGCAUGAGGCCGAGGCCUUUGUGGGGGCGGAGCGCUGCGUCAUGAAGACGCUGACCGAGACCGACCUGUACUGCGAGCCCCCGGAGGUGCAGCCGCCCCCUAAGCGGCGGCAGAAGCGAGACACGACACUCAAUCUGCCCGAGUUCAUUGUGAAGUUCGGCUCCCGGGAGUGGGUGCUGGGCCGCGUAGAGUAUGACAGUCGUGUGAGCGAGGUGCCGCUCAGCGUCAUCCUGCCGCUGGUCAUGGUGCCCAUGGUCAUCAUCAUCGCCCUGUCUGUCUACUGCUACUGGAGGAAGAGCCAGCAGGCGGAGCGCGAGUACGAGAAGAUCCGCUCGCAGCUGGAGGGCCUGGAGGAGAGCGUGCGCGACCGCUGCAAGAAGGAGUUCACGGACCUGAUGAUCGAGAUGGAGGACCAGACAAACGACGUGCACGAGGCCGGCAUCCCGGUGCUGGACUACAAGACCUACACGGACCGCGUCUUCUUCCUGCCGUCCAAGGACGGCGACAAGGACGUGAUGAUCACGGGCAAGCUGGACAUCCCCGAGUCGCGGCGGCCCGUGGUGGAGCAGGCGCUGUACCAGUUCUCCAACCUGCUCAACAGCAAGUCCUUCCUCAUCAACUUCAUCCACACCCUGGAGAACCAGCGCGAGUUCUCGGCGCGCGCCAAGGUGUACUUCGCGUCGCUGCUGACGGUGGCGCUGCACGGGAAGCUCGAGUACUACACGGACAUCAUGCGCACGCUCUUCCUGGAGCUCAUGGAGCAGUAUGUGGUGGCCAAGAACCCCAAGCUGAUGCUGCGCAGGUCGGAGACGGUGGUGGAGAGGAUGCUGUCCAAUUGGAUGUCCAUCUGCCUGUACCAGUACCUCAAGGACAGCGCGGGCGAGCCUCUCUACAAGCUCUUCAAGGCCAUCAAGCACCAGGUGGAGAAGGGCCCGGUGGACGCCGUGCAGAAGAAGGCCAAGUACACCCUCAACGACACGGGGCUGCUGGGGGACGACGUGGAGUACGCGCCCCUGACGGUGAGCGUGAUCGUCCAGGACGAAGGGGUGGACGCCAUCCCCGUCAAGGUGCUCAACUGCGACACCAUCUCCCAGGUCAAGGAGAAGAUCAUCGACCAGGUGUACCGCACGCAGCCGUGCUCCCGCUGGCCCAAGGCGGACAGUGUGGUUCUGGAGUGGCGCCCCGGGUCCACGGCCCAGAUCCUGUCCGACCUGGACCUGACGUCCCAGCGGGACGGCCGGUGGAAGCGCGUCAACACGCUCAUGCACUACAACGUCCGGGACGGCGCCACGCUCAUCCUGUCCAAAGUGGGGGUCUCGCAGCAGCCGGAGGACAGCCAGCAGGACCUGCCUGGGGAGCGCCACGCCCUCCUGGAGGAUGAGAACCGAGUGUGGCACCUGGUGCGGCCCACGGACGAGGUGGAGGAGGGCAAGUGCAAGCGCGGCAGCAUGAAGGAGAAGGAGCGCACCAAGGCCAUUACUGAGAUCUACCUGACCCGCCUGCUGUCCGUCAAGGGCACGCUGCAGCAGUUCGUGGACAACUUCUUCCAGAGCGUGCUGGCGCCGGGCCUGGCCGUGCCGCCCGCCGUCAAGUACUUCUUCGACUUCCUGGACGAGCAGGCGGAGAAGCACGACAUCAAGGACGAGGACACCAUCCACAUCUGGAAGACCAACAGUUUACCGCUCCGGUUCUGGGUGAACAUCCUGAAGAACCCCCACUUCAUCUUUGACGUGCACGUCCACGAGGUGGUCGACGCCUCGCUGUCCGUCAUCGCGCAGACCUUCAUGGACGCCUGCACGCGCACGGAGCACAAGCUGAGCCGGGACUCUCCCAGCAACAAGCUGCUCUACGCCAAGGAGAUCUCGACCUACAAGAAGAUGGUGGAGGAUUACUACAAGGGGAUCAGACAGAUGGUGCAGGUCAGCGACCAGGACAUGAACACACACCUGGCGGAGAUUUCCCGGGCGCACACGGACUCCCUGAACACCCUCGUGGCCCUGCACCAGCUCUACCAGUACACGCAGAAGUACUACGACGAGAUCAUCAACGCCCUGGAGGAGGACCCUGCUGCCCAGAAGAUGCAGCUGGCCUACCGCCUGCAGCAGAUUGCAGCGGCCCUGGAGAACAAGGUCACCGACCUCUGACCUCUGACCUCCGGCACCACGGUCCCGAGGCACAGGUGUGUGAUGCCCAGUGCCGGCACUGGGCGGCGCCUGGGGAAGGAGGCCGAAGCCAGCGGUGGGCCAGCCCUCCUCUCUCGCCGGCGGAGGAAGCGCCCCCCGCCCCUGGGGUGUGCGAGCGUGGGUGCGGCGGGAACCCCCCUCCGUGUUGGUAGCCACGUAGCGUCUUUCUCCUGAGCAAUAGUGCCUGGCGCCCUCCAGCACCAGCCCCUCCGGAACACCAGCAUCGGGCGUUGUCUCCGCGUGGAGUCUCCUGAGCUAUUCGCAAAUGUGCCUUUCGCCCCCGGCGCCACCCCACGUCGCUAGGGGCCGCCGGGCCCCAGCCCCCCCUCCUGAGCACCAGCAGCCGCCCGGUGAGGGUCUGGCCUCUUUGGGGGGUCUGAGUGCCUGCAGCCCCAGGGCCCGAGCCCAGACUGUCUGCCCGCCCGGACGGGAGGAGAAAAGCGGUACGAUGCCUUCCUGACCUCGCCUGCCCGGCCGCGGGCACCAGCCGUCUGGGCGGCGGACUCUGCGCUCCGGGCCUCACCUCAAAGGUCAAGCUGGAUGUCAGACGUCGAGGCCCAGGCAGCCAGAGGGGACCCAGAGACGGUCCGGCCUCGGCCUGUCAGACAGGCCGUCCUGGAGGCUCCGCCCGGUCUGUGGGGGGCCAGGAGGAGCUCGGCUAGGACACCCCCACCCCUUUUGUAAAUCUUGUUCAUUGUAAAUCAAAUACAACUGUCUUUUUCACUCUG